AUGGGCACCGGAAUUGUUUCGAUUCUUCUUCACAACCUUCCAUAUAACGGAGCGUGGCUAUACUGGAUCUCAGUCAUCUUUUUCGUUCUGAACCUGGCGCUUUUUGUCCUUUUUACGUUCAUAUCAGUGCUUCGGUACUUUGUAUAUCCUGGGCUCUUUAUGACGAUGAUUCGACAUCCUGCCGUACCGCUACUCCUGGGGGCAUUCCCGAUUGCCCUCUGUACAAUCAUCGAGAUGAUUGUCUUGGUCUGCGUGCCCGCAUGGGGUGAAUGGGCGCUCACUCUGGCUUGGACGCUGUGGUGGAUUGACGCUGCUAUAUCCAUUGUCAUUUCUUACUUUAUGCCAUUCGUCAUUAUGCACAUCCACGACGUGAAGCUGGCCACGCUUUCUGCAACCUGGCUUCUUCCCGUCGCUGCUGCAAUCGUCGCGUCUGCCAUUGGAGGAGUUCUCGCCGGAGCUCUCGAAAACGAACAGCAUGCUCUUUGGACACUCAUCACCUCCUACUUCCUUUGGGGCACCGCAAUGCCGCUGUCGUUCACCUGCCUGGUCAUCUUCUUCCACCGCCUCUCAGUGCACAGCUUGCCGCCCCCUGAGGCCAUCGUGUCUAUGUUCCUACCCGUGGCGCCUCUCGGCCAGGGUGGAUUUGCAAUUAUACAGCUGGGCAAGGUCGCUGCCGAAGUGUUUCCAAAAACUGGGACCCUUGGACAGAUGGGCAGCCACUCUGGAGAGAUAUUAUAUGUGGUUGGCUGGAUGGUCGGGUUCAUCAUGUGGGCAAAUGGCCUGGCAUGGAUCUUCUUUGCGCUGGCCAGCAUCAGUCGACGGAGAUUUCCCUUUAACAUUGGCUGGUGGGGGUUUACUUUUCCUCUUGGUGUCUGGGCUGGCGCAACAAUUGCCAUUGGGCAGGAGAUGCCAUCUCGAUUCUUCAAUGUCUUAGGCACUAUUGCCGCAGUCAUUGUAACGCUGCUAUGGAUUGUAAUCGCCGCAGGCACGAUACAGAAAGUCAUGGACGGCAAAAUCUUCGAAGCUCCAGAUUUUGAACAAUGGAAAAAGAACAAAAGUGAAGCCUUACAGACGGCUUAA